UUAUUUGAACCUAUCUUCUUCCUCUCUUCCUUGAUUUUCAUAAGAUCCAAUCUCUCUCACUGCUGAGAAAAUAUGGGGAUCAUAUCAUCCACGGUUUUGAAACUCGCGCACAUAUCUCAAAACUACAAUCAAGUGGUAGAUUCGUCAAGCGGUUGGCAACAUCAAUUUGAAGUUUUCAUGAAAGGAGGUGCUUGCAAACAAGUAUUUAUGGAUUUUCAAGAUUGCGUGGAUAAUUCUAAAAAGAAAAAUGAAACUAUCGGUCAGUGUUACCCGAUGCUACAUAAGUGUAUGGAGGCUCACUCUGAUUACUAUAAGCCGAUCAUUGCAAUGUCUAAAGCAUCGUUAAAUGUUUUAGACGAAAGUCUUGUGAAGACUUUCCUACCUUCAACUACUGUUUCCCUAAACGAAAUAAACGAAGAUGAAGAUGAGAAGUUUGUAGAAUUCAUGAAAGGAGGUGGUUGCAAAGAAUCAUAUACUGCUUGGCAUGAUGAUUGCAAUUUCACUGAGGAGGAAGCUGAGAAGAACAAAGAUUUGGUUACUAAGUGUGCAGGACUCUUUGGGAAGCUAUCCAAGUGUCUGGAUGUUCACUCUGAUUACUAUCAUCCAAUUCUCGCGGUGAAGAAAACUACUGAAGAACAUUUGGAGAAGGAGCUCGCAGCUUUCUUCCCGAAAGAAAGCUAAGAGACAUGAUUUUGAGGAUUUUGGUUUUUUUUUUAAUGCUUUUUUUUUUUUUAAACUCUGAAUCAAUAGUCUUUCCUUUUCUUUUUUAUGAUUCUAGAGAUAAUUUGCUCUAAAUGUUUUUACUAUGUUUAUGCCCAUCAAUGUUUCACUAUAAACCUUAAAGGAUCAG